AUAAUAUAACGACGAAAGAGAUGAAUUAAUACCAAAGUGCCGAUUACUUCAAAGUAUCAUAAAAUGACAAAUUAAGGAUUAACAUGUGAAAGCGAAUAAACAGUUGUCAUGACCGUGGAAGAUUCAAGACUAGACUUAAUGAAAGCUGGAGAAUUGGGAUUUGCCAUUGCGUGUCUGACAUUGCAUUUCUAUAGUUUUAAUGAUCGUGACAUCGUGACAUCAUUCCUUGCCACGGGUACUUUUACUGGCUUCAUAAUCGUCGUUGUUGGCGUGUUUGCAGGUGUCCUUAUGCGUGCUCCAAUACACAAACGCAUUGACAUAUUCUUUAGUGUGCUGGGUUGUGCCCUUUUUGUGACAUCGGGUGUGUUCAUAAUCGAGUCCUGGGAGUACACGUUUCGCACACGUACACGUGAUUUAGCCCUUAUUAAGGCGGCGUUGUCAAUUGUAAAUGGAGUUAUGUUUGGAUUCGAUGCUAUAUUUACAUUUCGCGAUAAAUAAAACUUUAUUGUCUUUAACUAUAAGGAUAUAAGAAGUGUAUUUUUUUUUGUUUAAAAGUUAGAAAUAAAA